UGCCGUGCAGUUCAGCGUAUUUGAGUUUGAGAGUGUUGGAGAAGUCAGCAGCCAAACUUAUCUGGACUCAUUCAUACUGUCUGCGCUAGCCUGGCCCACUGGCCUGCGGGGAUCUGCACUUGGCGACGGGGGGCCAGCCUAUGAGCCAUGGAGUGAAUCAGGCGAAAGUCAUUUCAGGUCCCGGCUCACUUGAAAAGGAGUUGAGGAGUAAACGCGGACAUUUGCUUUCAACAGCUUUCCUGAUCUUAACACCGCACGGGAAUUGCGCAUGAUGCCGAAGGAUUGAGGUUAUUAUAACACUAACCCUUUUUAAAUCGCCUUUGGAGGGCUUUGAAGAUCAACAGCUUGUAUAUGAAAGUUUCUUCCCCAUGUGUGUAUUAGAGCUGAGAUGCUUAGAAAGUGGAUACUAAAAAGAACAGAUUGAAUGUCAGAAGGUUCAGUUUCGUUCGAACCAGCACGGAAAAUUGGCUUUAUCGACUUAACGGAAAGUUUAACACUCUUACAAUUUCAGUCUGAUUUGUUUGUUUUGCCCGCGGUUUAUUUACCCAGGCUAUGGACAAUUAAGGAUUCUUCCUUAACGGAUCGUUGAUUGAACUAAACUGCUAUUUUUCCAAAAAAAAAGUGGAGAAUCCAUACAGUCAUAAGACGUGAGAGGAAAUCAUUCGCCUUACCGAACAUUUUCGUUCGUCCGCAUUCGGGCAGGUGCAGGAAAAUUGAAAGACCUAUGCUUUCUGUUACAGCUUGUCCAGUAAUUUAAAAAGACACAGAAAUAAGAGUCUUUCUAAUCCAAAUUUACAGAUUAAUCUUUAAUUCAAGGUGUAACGAAUGGUUCAAGUACUGUGAUCGCCCAGUAGCAGUCUCUGCAUUCAGAAGCACUCUGUGAAGAUCCAACUGUGAAGACCCAACUCAUUAGAAGCUGAGAUUCAUUCCCUUCACUCUUUGAUGCUGCCUUAUCGUCGUUUAAUGAGGAGUACAUUUACCUUAACGUCUCUGGCGGCUAUGGAAACCAAGAGGAUGUGCAGACGGUUCACCAUGGCUGGAGUUCACUUGAUUUUGGCUAUGUUGUUGAUUUCUUGCACUUCCAAGUUCUCGGUGGAAGGAAAUUCUUGGUGGUCAUUAGCCAUGAAUCCUAUUCAGAGGCCAGAAAUGUAUAUCAUCGGAGCGCAGCCACUGUGCAGUCAGCUUACAGGGCUUUCCCAGGGCCAGAGGAAGCUGUGCCAACUGUACCAGGACCACAUGGUCUACAUCGGCGAAGGAGCGAAGAUGGGAAUCAAGGAGUGCCAAUUUCAAUUCAGACAGAGGCGGUGGAACUGCAGCACUGUGGAUAACACGUCUGUGUUUGGCAGGAUCAUGCAAAUAGGCAGUAGAGAAACUGCUUUCACCUACGCAAUCAGUGCAGCCGGUGUGGUGAACGCUAUCAGCCGUGCUUGUAGGGAAGGUGAGCUGGCCACCUGCGGUUGUAGCCGGGAGCCCCGACCAGAAGGCCUACACCGAGACUGGCUUUGGGGAGGCUGUGGAGACAAUGUCAUCUAUGGCUAUCGUUUUGCCAAGGAGUUUGUCGAUGCCCGUGAAAGAGAAAAAAAUUUUCCAAAAGGUUCAGAGGAACAUGCCCGCACACUUAUGAACCUGCAGAACAAUGAAGCUGGGCGAAAGGCUGUCCAAAAACUCGCAGAUGUGGCCUGCAAAUGUCACGGAGUGUCCGGUUCCUGCAGUCUCAAGACAUGCUGGCUGCAAUUGGCUGACUUCCGGAAGGUAGGAGAAUUCCUCAAGGAGAAGUAUGACAGUGCAGCUGCCAUGAAGAUCAAUCGCAAAGGCAAGCUGGAGCUGGUCAACACUCGCUUCAAUCCUCCCAGCUCCGAAGACUUGGUGUAUAUCGAUCAAAGUCCAGACUACUGCCUGCGGAACGAGACCACUGGUUCCCUGGGCACACAGGGACGUCUCUGCAAUAAGACAUCUGAGGGGAUGGACGGCUGUGAACUCAUGUGCUGUGGCCGGGGUUAUGACCAGUUCAAGGCCUACCAGUAUGAGCGCUGUAAUUGCAAGUUCCACUGGUGUUGCUAUGUGAAGUGUAAGCGGUGCUCAGAAAUGGUGGACCAGUUUGUCUGUAAAUAGGACUGAGAGACCGUGGCAAAGAAGAAAACAUUUACUUAAAUAAAUGGAAGAUAAUUUAUAACUUUUUUAUUAAAAAAUGGAAAAUGGAUAAAAAAGAGGUUUCCUUUUAAGGAAGGGUCCUGUACCUUUUCCAGUUAAUACAUGCCUGUGUGUAACAACUGACUGGUUGUGACAUUUCUUGAAGUUAAAAAAUAAGAUACCCCAACAAGUCACACUUCUGGUUCUGUGUGUCAGACAGUCCGUCCAUUUCCCCUUUUUUUCUGAAUAAGACGUUCCUGAAUGUUACAUCGGCUGUUCAUUUGAAGUCUCCUUCGUCACAGACGGGAAUAUUUCUUCAACAAUCAAAAGAACAAUUCAAGUGAGGAAGCAGUCAGAAAGGGUGAUGUUUGCAUGAACUGUCCUUUGCCGUCCAGUAUUACCUAAGGUUUACACCAUUUGAUGAAGUGUAUCAUUACUGAUCUGGCACUGGUGGCUCCCUCCAUUUUCUGGUACUAUAUUUUUCUGCAGAGUUUUUAUAUAAUAAAUGCUGUCCGUGUGACUGGAAUACAUCAUCUUGCUUCAUGAGUGUGAAUAGAAAUCCAACGUAUUUAUUCCUUUCACAAUUAAAUCCACAUAAAAGAAAUUCAUUUGCAGGGGAGUCAGCACCUAUUGAUGAAGGCAAUGGUUAUUCUAUUGAAAUGGACUGAGAGAAACCCACAAGAACAACCCUUCCAAAAAGCUCUUAGAAAAAAAAAUUCUCUCAUGGACCCUGAAAUGAGAUGCAGUUGAAAAUAGAGAUAACUUCAGUUGUGAAUGCGUCCAGCGUGACACCAGAGGAAACGUUCGAGGGAAUGAAUACAAAUUCUGCUGAACACAGGAUUACCAGGGGAUUUGGCGAAAAUGUUUUACUCAGAAGAGGACAACUAUCGCAACAGAGGUAGAUUUGAUUGAUACGAAAAGCAAAGAGGAAACAAAAAAUAGAAAAACUUGUACUGCAACCAUAAAAUUAGCAGGGAAAAGUGCCUUAUCCAGAUUGACUGACCUUCACAGGGAACACAAACAAGAUCCAUUCAUAUUUCCUAAGAAUUUGGUGUAUCUUGUUAUGGAAAUCUACAAAAAAACAUGUAUAAAAUUGUGAGUAUUUUCCUUAAGAUGAUGUGUUGAGGCCAUGUUUAGGGGUUACAAUGGACUUCAUGCUUUGUUUAAAAUCCACUUUAAUAACCUGGAUGUCCCCAGUGUGUUGGACAGAGAAAAGAACUUGAACACUCAAGUGUUCCUCUUCCUUCCAAUAAAAUCGUGAAUGUCGGUUGGCAUGUACAGUAGAUCUGUGGAAUUUAAGUUCAACAAGGGUAACAUUAGGACCCUUUCUACUGUUGUGUUUAAACAAUGUGAGUAAACAACUCUGGAAACAUCUUACCUCUUACCCCUAUGAAAAAUAAUUAUUGUACUACCAAAUGCUUUUAUUUGAAAUUGUAAUGUCUUCUGAUAGUAAAAAUCAAGCAAAUGUAUUUAAACCAAAAUUGCAAUAACUGGAUGCCUAGUUCAUAUUUUUGUAUUACCACUUAUCAAUUUAUUAAUAAGAUACGAAUAUUAAAGUUUAGGACUAUAUUUGUCAA